CUAGGGGGCGACAGUCAAAAGACCGUGGGGAAAUGGGAGUGGUCAACCACCGUUUCCUAUACAUCGGAACUUUUCGGUUCUCCGACUGUGAUCCCAGCAAAAGCGGAACCUACCUGCGCUUGUUUUGAACGGAAUCAGGAUGUUUUACACUUGUGGACCCAAUGAAGCCAUGGUGGUGUCUGGCUGUGGGCGCUCUCCCCCACUAAUGAUAGCAGGAGGGAGAGUGUUCGUCUUCCCAUGUAUUCAGAAGAUUCAGAGAAUCACUCUCAACACCUUGACUCUAAAUGUGAGGAGUGACAAAGUCUACACUCGCCAUGGCGUCCCCAUCUCUGUCACCGGCAUCGCACAGGUGAAAAUCCAGGGCCAGAACAAGGAGAUGCUGGCCACUGCCUGUCAGAUGUUCAUGGGCAAAUCCGAGUUUGAGAUUUCCCAGAUUGCACUGGAGACGCUGGAGGGUCAUCAGCGAGCCAUCAUCGCUCAUUUAACCGUAGAGGAGAUCUACCAGGACCGGAAGAAGUUCUCCGAGCAGGUUUACAAAGUGGCCUCCUCUGACCUGGUCAACAUGGGGAUCGGUGUCGUCAGCUACACGCUCAAAGAUGUUCACGAUGAUCAGGACUACCUGAACUCCCUGGGUAAAGCACGAACGGCCCAAGUCCAGAGGGAUGCCAGGAUUGGAGAGGCUCAGUACAAGCGAGACGCUGUCAUCCAAGAGGCCCGUGCCAUGCAGGAAAAGGUGUCGGCUCAGUACAAGAACGAGAUUGAAAUGGCAAAAGCCCAAAGAGAUUAUGAACUGAAGAAAGCGGUGUAUGACACCGAGGUCAACGCCAAGAAGGCGGAGUCAGAAAUGGCCUACCAGCUUCAGGUAGCCAAGACAAAGCAGCUCAUUGAGGAGGAGAAGAUGCAGGUUAUGGUGGUGGAGCGUGCGCAGCAGAUUAUGCUGCAGGAUCAGGAAAUAAUCCGCAAGGAGAAGGAGCUGGAGGCCAAAGUGAAGAAGCCUGCGGAUGCUGAGAAAUAUAGGCUGGAGAAGUUGGCUGAGGCCCAGCGCUUGCAGCUCAUCAUGGAGGCUGAGGCCGAGGCGGAGUCCAUCAAAAUGAAAGGCGAGGCCGAGGCUUUCGCUCUGGAGGCUAAAGGCCGCGCUGAAGCUGAGCAGAUGGCCAAAAAGGCCGAGGCCUUCAAGCAAUACAAAGAGGGAGCUAUGGUGGACAUGCUGCUGGAGAAACUCCCACUGAUGGCGGAGGCCAUCAGCACGCCGCUGUCAAACGCCCAGAAGAUCACCAUGGUGUCCAGCGGCGGCUCAGAGGUGGGAGCAUCCAAACUCGCGGGAGAGGUGCUCGACAUCAUGACCCGGGUGCCAGGCGCCUUGGAGAAACUCACCGGAGUCGACAUCUCACAGACUGCUGGGAAAACCACCCUCGUGCACUAAAGAGAAAACUGAAGGAGAAGAAUCUGUCACGUCAAGUCAGACACCGGUGCGUCUGCAUCACGUGCCCACGGCAUUGAAUCAGCAACACCCAAGUUCCCUUCUACCGUUCGUCUGCAUGUUUCUUCCUCUUGUGUCUUUUCUGGUCACUAAAAAAACAACCUCUGAGCCUCAAGUUCUAAACCACUCCUGUGUGUCGUUUCCCAACUGCUUUAAUGUAUGCAGCAUUUUACUUUAACUCGACUGCAGUUACUCUGCAGAGAAAUGUUACUAAAUGAUGGACUAUGGAAAAAUAAGUGUUGUGCCUUUUAAACGAGUAAAACUCUCAAUGCACUCGAGGAAUGUCAAAUGUCCAACUCGGACCAGCUGCAACGCCUAUACUACUAAUUCUCAACCUUAGUCAUUCUGAUAGCAAAAUAUGUGCCUAUUUUGUGUAGUCCACAGCUACAGGGGGGAGGUCGAGUUGCUGGAGUCUUUAUGUGAAGUUUCAUGUACAGGUGACAAAAAUCAGUUGUAAAAGUUUGAUCUACUGACAAAUCCCUGCGUUAACUUGAGAUGUUACUUCAUAGGUUUUUAGGCCAGUAUCCUAUUCUGUCCGUAAAACAAGUCGGUUUUCACAGCGUAAACUCCAGGGAGAAAAACACAGAUGACAACCAAAAAAAUAAAAAAAAUAAGCUGAUUCUAACAUCAGGAGUUUCAUUUAAUGAUACUUAAAAAUGCUGGAAACUAUUAGAACUUUUGGGUAAAAGUCAGACUUUUCCUAAACUUGUUGAUGUGGUUCAACUACCACUGGUAAACUUACCUGUAGAUCAACAAACAUCUGUGUCUUUGGACACUAAAACUGUAGUUUUAACAAUCAGUAAAACCAUAUAUAUUUUUAGUGACUUUGGUUAUGAGGAGACUAAAUAUCUGCAGGAUGGAGUAAAAGUGUUUUCUGACGAUGAUGGGGGUGAAAGUGUUGGUGGGGAGAAGCUGUGAGGUUUUCCUGUAUGAGCACUGAAAGUAUCUUGUGGUGGAAAAGCAGCAUUGAUGUUGAUUUGCAGCAGCAACACUUUUGUUUUUACGUGCCUGUUUUCCAAAGACUUGGUGAACAAGCAAUGCAUGUUUAUCUAAAGCAAUCGUAUAUUUUUUUGUAAUAUUUUCUAUACUACGACUCAUUAAUGUUAACCUCAGGCUGAGAGUUUUGGGUUUUAGCUGAUCUCUCUAGUUUAUCUGUACUUGUAUUGCCUUAUGAUCUGUUACUUUUUAGACAUUUUCCAAAGGUUUUAAUCCGAUUUUUGCAUUCUGUCACCACCAAGUGCCUGGUCAGACCUCAAACAAACGGAGCUUUCUUAAACUUCUGUCUGGGAAAACCUCCUCAAGCGGAUCCUCAAGCCAUCGAAAGCCAAACUAGUCUCAACGCUUUUGUAUAUUAUUGGUAUUUUAACAUUUGUUGCAUGACUAAUCGUAGUAAAAAUGAAUAUAUCUCCCAGGUAAAGUGAAGCUGCUUGUAUGAAUCAAAUUUCUCUGUAGUAAACAAAAAAAAAUUAAAGGAUUUAUCCACGAAAACA